AUGUUUAUCAUUUUAUCUGAAUUGAUAUAUACUGUACUGAUUAUAUCAUUUCAGGUGCCAGGUUCUCAGGCUGAAUAUCAAAUCUCUGUCUCAUUAUUUGAUCUGAAAUUUAAAUGUUUUUUUGGUAAACAAUGGAUUGGCCCAGUAGUUCCGUGUGGUCAGAGUAAAAAGAUCAACUAUAAACAGAAUAUUUACUUUCAUACAGCCUAUAAGAAUUCUAAUAUACUUGGUGUAAUAGAGAUUAUAGUUCAUACUACUGAUGAAUUUGGUAAAGUUAGAAGAUUAUCGUGUGGAUGGGGUGUGAUUAGAUUCUUUAAACAUAAUGAAGAUAUACCAGAUUCAUCUCGCGGAUUACCACUUACAUUACAAACGUCUGCCAUCUAUUAUGGAUCACCAAGAGCUUUGUUUUUUCUUGAAGAUCCUUUGGAAGAGAAUGAGUUGAUGAGACCAAUACAAGAUUGUCAGGCACACUAUACUGUAUGUACACAUAAAGCUUUAUUAAAUGUACUACAUUUAAUACCAGAGAAUGUUAUAGUUGGUUCACAAGAUGUUGUACCUGGACUGGUAGAUGGUAGAGAUGCUGGUAAAGAUAAAUUUAAGAAGCCAAAGUUACUGAACACAGUUUCAGUCCAUAUGGAACAUUUCUCCCUUCAUCUCCAACCUUACGUAGAUAAAUUUGAAGAAGAACUAUGUAAUUUUUUGAAGUAUGAUAGAUCACAACGUGAAAAUAGAUCUAUUGAAGGAUUACAAGUUUCUAUAGCAGAAAGGAGACUUCAGAUUGGUGUCCAUAAUGGUUUAUGUUAUGUAGAGAAACCACAAACUGUUCUAUUAGAAGAGAAACAUGCUCCAACAUCACGAAAACCUACAGCAAGUCCAUCUGUUAGACGUAGUUCUAAAUUUACUCAUAAACGUACUGGUUCUACCGGUUCAGCUGGAAGUCAAUCAACUAAUUUAGUAUUAAAGAAUCCUGUACAAAUUAAUGAUAUAUCUGAAGAUCCAUUGUUUGCUGUUAUAUUAAAACUAGAAUAUGUUAUAGCUGAACCAUUAUCCGAAAAUGAUAGAAGGAUGUCAUUAAGUUAUGCUAGAGCUCAUACCAGAACUGUAUCCUUGAGAUGGGCCAUAUGGAAUCCCUUUCUACAUCCUAACCAAUCUGAGAUACAUCUAGGAUUAAUAGGUGGUAAUAAACAGUCCCCUGAUGAAGAGUUUAUCUAUAAAAUGCCUGAUACUGAUAUGCAAGAAGAAUCGGUCAGUAAAACAGCUGGUGGUCUGGCAAUGUUUCUUAUGUUAUCUGUACCACCACUGUCAUACAACAAUCAAAUGUCUGGUUUAUCAAUAUCAUAUAAUGGAUUGUCUCCCCACACCGAUGCUGGCUAUACUGGUGGUAUCAAUGGUUCAAUGGCAUCUAUUCGUAGUGAAGGAGGAGAGAGUUUGAUAUAUGAAUCUGGGCCAACAUCCAAUCAACUUUAUGCUGCAUCCCUACAAGUACCAACUCAUGCUCAAGGUGGAAUCCAACCUCAACUGUACCAACAAACUCAACCUGGCAUGCAUGUUGCUCCACCAGUAUAUAAUCAAAUGUAUAUGGCCCAACAAGCAGCUAUUUUCCAGGCCAAUGUGAUGGCUCAGGUAGGUCCUGAAAGUGAAUUAAGAGAAAUGCCAUAUAGACCAGCUCAUACUCCUACCCUGACACCUGUACCAUUACCUGUUGGUGGUCAAGGUCUAUCAAGAGCAGCUUAUGCCCGUUUGUAUACAGCUGGAUUUAAAACUAUACUAGAUAAAAAUGGAGAACCACCAGAAGUUAUAGAUCCACUAUCUCGUAUAAAUAUUAAUCUUCAACGUGAACAUGCUGAUCCUUUACAGACCAAUGAAAUAGUCUUCCAAUUCCUGGCUUUCUCCAAAAUGUUGACUUUCGAUGCCAAUGGUCCAAAGAAAAAUUCUGGAAGUGUUUUCUUCACUUUUCAAUUUUACAGAUUUCCUCAAAUGACCACUGAAAGGUUGUUAUUGAGUGAACCUCAGAAUGAACUAACAUCUAGUUCAGAAUCAUUACCGUUUAUAUUGAAACGUCUAGAUGGAAAUACAGUUCAUCUUACACCAGGAUAUGAGGUGAGAUAUUACGUGGAUCCAACAUAUCUAAAACCAGGAGAAGGAUUUUUAUUUUUACAACAUUUGUCUCGUCAGAUAUUACAUAUUGAUGUUUGGGAUGGUGAUUCUUUAUUACAAAUAGGAUCUUGUGCUGUAGAUUUAAAGUAUCUAUGUAGAAGUGGAAAUGAGGCUGUUCAGACAACUUUCGAAUUGGAUGUUAUAAAAACAGACUACCCAGAUGAGAUGAGUGCUGUUAGUGAUGAUAGGACAGGAGUUAAGGCCCCUGGUUCUCACUCCUCAUUACAAGGAAAAUUACAUCUACGUAUGGCCAAUAUAGGUCAUGCUUUAGAUUCCAGGACUGGUAAAAUUGAUAUGUCACCAUUGCCAAGUAAAUCACAAGUUAUUGUAUCUCAAACAGCUGGUAAUAGUAAAUAUAAAGGUGGUAGUUUAUCUCAUACAGCUAAUGUUAAAAUGGUAAAGAAAGCCAGAGCCCAUCAUUUAGCUGACAAUCGAGAAGUAGCCACUCUAUUAUUUUCUGACAAGACAACUAUGCCUCAUAAUGAUGAAAAUGAAGUAACAAGAGAAGGUGAUGCAGAAAAACAGAGAAAAUUAGCUAGAAUGCAGGCUAUUAGACAAAUGUCUUCUACAGACAAACCUCCUAGUAGUGUUAUGGGUUAUCGUAAAGAUAAAGCUGAUAGAACUAGAGACUUAAAGACGAUAGAAAUUUAUCGUUUACAAACUAAACGAGAUGGUAUUUUGAGUAUGUUAAAUGAAUCAAUUACUACAGAACAUACUAUAUUUCCAUCUUUUGGUACUACAGAAUUCUUCGAGUUUGUUUUUCGAAAUCCGUUUAAUACAGAACAGACUAUAACAGUUGAAUGUUCAGAUCCAGAUUUACAGGUUGUAACUAGUACUAGAGAAUGGAGACAUUUUAAAACAUUAGGACAGUUACCAACUCAACUGGAAGAGAAUAUGUUUAGUAAAGAUAGUCAGUCUGAUUCUCCACAAUUAUUUCUUCGAGCUAAAGAAACAGUUAAUAUACCACUACGAUUCCGGUCAUAUCUUACUGAUCAAUCUACUCAACCUCAGAUGCCUGUUGAUCAAUUAAAGAAUAAUAAACAAUCAACAUUUAAAACAGGAGAUAAUCAAAUGGAAGAUUUGAUGCAAUCACGAGUUAUCAAGGUAUAUUUUAAAUCGGAGGAAAGUAAAGCCGUAGCUAUCCUAUCUUUGAAAGUUGAACCUCAACCUCAUGUCAUAGAUCAAACAUUCCGUUUUUACCAUCCAGAACAAUCAUUCUUAAAGAAAGCCAUCAGGUUACCUCCCUUUCAUACUCUACCAGGUAAUCCAGUGGGAGGAAAUAGUGUUAACAAAGUCUUUGUUAGAUGUAGUGAUGAUAAUGUUAUCACUGAUAGCAAAGCUACUCAACCUGGUGAACCUCAUGAUGUUUUCUUUAAGGUUGCUAUGGGAGCAUCACCACAGAGAAAAAGAUUUUUUAUUGCUAUCUAUAUUGACCCUUUCCUAUCCCGGCCAAUACAGAUAUGGCAGGUCUACGUUCAUGCUUUACAAAGAGUUGAUUUAGCAUGUGUUGAGGGACAGACCAGUCGCUUUAAUCUUUUACUCAAAGGAACUCAGGCUUCAAGAUUAGUAAGAUGUUAUUCAUCAAAUGAGGUAGAAAUGCAGUUAUCACCCAAUGAUCAGUUUAUGUUAGCUGCUGGAGCUGUACAUGAAUUAAAUGUAGCUGUAAGAUGUAAUACUGUGGGUAAUAUAUCAUACUAUAUUAACGUAGUAGAUGUGGAAUAUCAUCAGUUAGUAAGAAGCUGGUUAGUUUGUGUUAAUUGUCGAGCUCCUAUUGUCACCAGAACCUAUGAUCUCAUUCUACCGGUUGGUGGAGGUAAAGGUUCCAGUAAG